AUGUCGGAACAGCCCGCGCCGUUCGCGAUGAAGUGCAGCGCCACGGGCCCGGGCCUCGGCGGCGGCGCGGCCGGCGUCGAGGCGCAGUUCACCAUCACCUCCGCGGACGGAGACGGCGCGCGGAUCAGGGCCGGGGGAGCGAACGUGCAGAUCUCGGUGCUCCGCGUCGGCCUGCACGCCACCGGCGGCGACGCGAUCCCGACGCGCGUCGUCGACAACGGCGACGGCACGUACACGUGCGGGUACACGGUGGACGGCCGAGGCGACUACAGCGUCUCCGUCGAGCUGAACGGCGCCCCGAUCGCGGGCUCGCCCUACCCGGUCUUCUUCAGCGGGACUAUAAUGAGGCCGAGCGCCGUCCCGGUGCCCGGGGUGGUCCCCGGGGCGGUCCCGCAGAGUGGCGCCGCGCCGACCGACGUGCCGUCGCCCGCGCAAACCCCCGAGCUCAACCCCGAAGAAGCCGCGUCCGUCAGCACCCAGGUGCACGUCGGUAACCUCACGCACAACGUCACCACCACGCAACUCGCGCAGCUCUUCUCGCACUGCGGCGAGGUUCGAGGCGCUCGAAUCGCGCACGGCAAGCAGUUUGGAUUCGUGGAGAUGGCGACGCCGGAGCAGGCGAAAAAGGCGCUGGGUCUGAACGGCAUGCCCCUGGACGGCCGCGUCCUGCGCGUCGAGGCGUGCAACUCGGUGCGCAAGACGGCUGUUAACUCGUCCAACUCUACACACCCCGGAGGACCCGCCGACGGAGGACCCGGGCACCAUCGGCCGACGGCGGCACAGCUGGCAGAGUCGCCGGCCGAAGUCGCGGCGCGCGCGCACCGCGAGCGGCUCGCCAAGGCGGCGAUGCUCCAGGCCAACCUCAACGCGCAGAGAGCCGCGGAGAUGGCCGCUAAACGCGCGGCGCAAAUCUCCAAACGCAUCGUCGGCGGGGGCGAACAAAUUGGCGAUGGGGACGGGGACGAAAAGUCGGCACCCGGGGAGGGGGAGGCGGGGAACGGGGACGCGGGUGCCGGAACGGGCGCUGGCGAGCGGCGGCGGGGCCUGAGCGCGUCGAGGUCGAGGUCGAGGACGCUCUCGCCGAGCCGCGACGGCGCUCGGUCCAGGCGGACCAGGUCCAGGUCAAGGUCAAGGUCCAGGUCCAGGUCCAGGUCCAGGUCCAGGGAUCGCGACGCGUCGAGGGACCGGGGCAGGAAUCGUUACAAGCCGUACAAUCGCGGUAGGAGGCGCGGGGGGAAGAACAGGAGCGGCGCGCCGAGGAAGAUGAACCCCAACGGCGUCGGCCAAGAAAUUGGCGCCAAAACCGUCAGCAACCACCGCGCGUCACCCUUCGAGAUGGUCGUCAACCGCGCUAAGAAUGCGCUCAAAAGGGCCGCAACCGUUAGCAUGAAGCAAGCGGCGCUCAUGGCGUUCAUCGCAACCAUGCCUCCGAUGUGGCUCACCUACACGGGCCUGGAGGAGUACGAGAUUUACAAUCCGCUCAAGUGGGCGUCCGCCAGGAUCAUGAUCAGCUUCGGGACGAUGUUAUUCAUGGUCGCGAUGGCUUACCGCCAGCUCCCCCUCGACCUGGUCCCUGACUGGGUGCCCAUGAUCGGGAAAAUGGACGACCUGAUCGCGGGGCUCGUCGCCGGCGUCGGGAUUACAAUUGCGUUCAUCGGCUGGCACUUCGGCAUGGGCCCGAAGCCGGUGGAGGCGGUCCUGGUGGUGAACGCGUUUUCCUACGCGUGGACCGCGCUGUACCCGGUGAGGGUAGGGGCCAUGGGCUGA